AUGAGUUAUCAAAAUCAUCCCCAAAAGUUUCCUUUUGAUAGUUAAGGUCCGUAAGGGUAGCCGCAAGUACCAUUGUUUUAGUAGGUGUACUUUGCUCAACAGCAAUAAAUAUAUGGAUUCGAAUAAUAACAAUUCCCAUCGUUGAAUUAUAAUGGGUAUGGCUAUUAUUUAUUUGUAAGUUCAGUGCCCCAAUAUAAUAUUCCUCCUCAACAACCUACCCCUGUUGAUAGUCUAAGCAGUAAUAGUAUUAGUUUGAGUGAUUAGGGAGCAAAAAAAAAGAAGAAAAACAAGUCUGACAAAUCAAAGAAAGACAAAAAGAAAAAGAGAAAGAGAGGUUUAAUUUAUCCUUAUUAUUAAAAGCCAGUAGUAGUAGUUCUUCUUCUAGUAGUAGUGAUUCUAGUAGUAGCAGUAGCAAGAGCCGUAGUAAAAAAAAGAAAAAACCUCUAUCCUUUUUACAUAAUGAGGAUAAUUGGAAGUGCAAGUAUUGUUAUAAUAUCAAUUUCCCUCAUCGUACAGAGUGUAAUAGAUGUAAGAAAAGUAGAGAAUAGGCUGUAAAAGACGACAAAGGCAAGAAGUAUGUUCCAAACCCAGACGAUUGGAAAUGUAACAUUUGUGGAAAUUUUAAUUACGCAAGAAGAGAUAAAUGCAAUAGAUGUAAAGAAGAUAAACCAAAAGCCACAAUGCCUUAACAAUCCGCAUAAUAUAAUUAAGUAAACUGAAGUAUUUUCCUUUGCAUUUCAUAUAUCAAAACAUAAUUGUAUUUCUCAUUCUGCUCUUUCUUUCUAUCCAUUUAAUCUUUAGCUAAAGUUUACUAUUAUUUCAGAUAUUCCUUUAAAAUAUACAAUAUCCCCAUUCAACAUAUUCCAAUACACAACUUGGAUGAUCACAGAUUCUAACGACAGUUUUUAUAAAAACUAGAAAAUUCCUAAAUAGAUAAACAUACUUAAAUUGCUUAGGGAUUAAUUAUUUUAAAUUAACCUAUCUCCAUAUUACACCGUUCAUUAAACUUAAAAAGGAUUUACAAAAAGAACCCAGCUAAUAUAGUAAUUUUGA